AUGGCAGAGUUGAAAAUGCUUCCACAAAGGUGUACUGGACAUAAAAACCAAUCAUUGAGCGCCACGUCAAGCUCUCUGCACUUUGUGGGCGCUAGGUGUCUUCUUCGCAUUGGCCACCUCAUCACCUCCCACCAAAAUCCAAAUAGAGAAGGGAGAGAGAGAGGGAGAAAAACGUACGGCAAUGGUGACCCUUCAGAUUCCUGGGAAGGAGAUCCGCCCUGUGUUCUUCUGUGUUUCGAACAGACUCUGGUAGCAUCACAACGCCAAAUUCUUGCUGAAUGGGGGAUAAGGCUGCUGGUUUUGCGAAGUGCUCAAAAGAAUCAUUAUAGAUUGGGAAUCUUAAUAUCAAAUAUAAACAUGAGCUCAUGGUACCUUUUGACUGAAAAAGAUUUUAGCCCCAGGCAGCAAAAUUUAGUGUUUCCACAGGUAUCUGGAAUCGGAAAGUUGUUUCUUGUUUCUUUCAACUAUGAGGGGAAAGUUACUUCAAAAGGAAGUUAUGGAAGUGGCAGACACAUUGUCAUCAUUGCCACAGGAAAGUGCAAGAAAAAUGCAGUGAUGGGAGUACCAAACGGCUAGAGAAUCCACUCUUUUGAUGUGAACUAAGAGCAUCUCGAAUCGAAUUCUUUUAGCAAGACUAGGAUGGAAGAGGAAAUGAUUCUUAAAUCUUGUUUGGGGGGAACCAACCAAAGUGUGGAAGCUUUUGUUGCCCUUAGAUUGCCGUAAUGUAUCAGGCCACAACCAAAGUAAAGGUUCUUGUUAACUUUCCCAAGCUGAGUAUAUUCUGUUGUUUGGUUGUUAUUCUGAUUCAUGGUGGAAAAUUUGCCUCCUCUUCAAACUUAUCUAUGGCAGUUCAGUUUUAUGCUUCCUUUAGGAAAGCUUGAAUCUUUCAGCUGUAGCUGUAACCCCUGAUAGUUUCAAGAUUCCACAUUUGUUUCGACUACCCCCUCUUUGUAACAUUUUAGUGUGAAAAAAAAAUGUUUGAAUUCUUACAAAGAUUCUCAUCUUUCCCUUU